CCGUAAUGCGAUCAAAGUCUGGCAGAAGAAGAUGCUAGGCUAGUUAGUGGUGGAAGAUUCUGGAAGACUCCUGUUAGACGAGAGCGGACCUAUUUCACAAUAUUUCACGAUUGACCUGUUUUGGGGCAACUAUGGUGAAGGAGACAGGCUUUUACGACAUGCUGGGUGUAAAGCCCAAUGCCAGCCCUGAAGAGCUGAAGAAGGCUUAUCGUAAACUGGCUUUGAAAUAUCACCCAGAUAAAAAUCCAACAGAGGGAGAGAGGUUCAAACAGAUCUCGCAGGCGUACGAGGUUUUGUCUGAUGCCAAGAAGAGGGAAGUGUACGACCGAGGGGGCGAGAAGGCCAUAAAAGAGGGUGGAAACGGAGGGCCGAGUUUCGGCUCGCCCUUGGACAUUUUUGACAUUUUCUUUGGAGGAGGGGGACGUAUGCACAGGGAGCGGAGAGGUAAAAAUGUGGUGCAUCAGUUGACAGUAUCUUUGGAGGACCUUUAUAACGGAGCCACCAGGAAACUUGCUGUCCAGAAGAAUAUAAUCUGUGACAAAUGUGAAGGUCGUGGUGGGCGUAAGGGAGUGAUUGAAGUGUGCCCCUCAUGUAAGGGGGUGGGCGUACAGGUCAGAUUACGUCACUUGGCACCUGGCAUGGUACAGCAGAUAUCAACCGUCUGCGCCGGCUGUCAGGGGCAAGGCCAGCGUCUCGGUCACCGCGAUCGCUGUAAAGCGUGCGCCGGUCGCAAGAUACUGCGACAGAAGAAGAUUCUGGAGGUGCACAUUGAUAAAGGUAUGAAAGAUGGACAAAAGAUAGUCUUUAAUGGGGAGGGAGACCAAGAGCCUGGCCUUGAUCCCGGUGACAUCAUCAUUGUCUUAGACCAGAAAGAACAUCCAGUGUUCACCAGACAAGGAAAAGACCUAAUCGUGAGCAUGGAGCUACAGUUGGUCGAGUCAUUAUGCGGUUUUCAAAAACCACUCAAGACACUGGACAACAGGAUUUUACUCAUCACGUCUCAUCCAGGGGAUCUGAUCAAACCCGGAGACAAGAAAUGUGUUCUGAACGAGGGGAUGCCUACCUACCGCCGUCCAUUUGAGAAAGGCCGACUCAUCAUUCUGUUUAAUGUUGUCUUCCCUGGAGAGAACUUCCUCCCGCUGAACAAACUGAAGGAGUUAGAGAGGUACCUGCCUGGAAAAGAUGAGAACGCUGAGCCCGACAGCAUGGAUGACGACCUCUAUAUCUAUGCUGACCUUGAAGACUGUGACCUAACCCACGAACGCCGCCAUUACCACUUGAUAGAGGAUGAAGACUUUCAGCCCACUGGAGGCGUACAGUGUCAAACCUCAUAAAGAUCACUUUUCUUAACUCUCACAUACAACAGAUGCCACCUCUUCGGCAACGAGAUGAUAAACUGGACCAAAAGGAAUCAAUAUGUCAUUGCCUCUCAACUACUUCUGUGCCUAGAAUAAGUGGUAAUAGUGCCAAGCUUUUAGCUACGUUUACAUGGGCACUUUUUUUAUUCUGAGUGAAAUCUUUUCCAAAUGCGCUGCGUGAACGCUACAUACAAGGAAGGACAUUAUAGGCAACUGUUUACCUAUGCCAUUUAUUGUUUUCGGUUUUUAUCACAAGUGCUACACCUUCCCUUUUAUCCGGAUCAGAUUGAAAAUGAACCGCUAGCGUCCAUGUAAACGCAGCUACUGUUUGGAAAAUCAUCUCAUCCAAAUCUUGAGCAAAAACUUAAAGGAAAACACCACCGGUUUUUACAUAUGUCACUAUGUUCUUCCCUCAACUUAGACGAGUUGAUACAUAUCUGUCCCGUCGUUUAAUCGCUCUAGCGCGCGGCGCCACUAUGUUAGCGUUUAAUUUAGCACCAUUCAUUCAGAAUCAGAAUCAGAAUCAGAAGAGCUUUAUUGCCAAGUGUGCUUGCACACACAAGGAAUUUUCUUUGGUGUUGGAAGCUUCUAGUACAGACAUUCAACACAAUGACAAUACAAUAUAAUACGAUUUACAGUCUAAAACAUUCUAAAUUGCGCAUAUAUAAAAUAAAGACUAUUUUACAGAAAAUGGGGGAUAAUAACAUAUAAGAGACAUUGUACAGGGUAGUAUAUAGUAGAAUAAACAUAUUAACAGAUUGUAUGUACACUUGUGCAAAUGGAUAAUUUAGUAAGUAGAGGUAGUGUUAUAUACAUGUAUACAUAAGAUGUAGAUAUAAUAAGGCACUAUAGUGCACACUAUAGGAGUAGUGGAAGUGGAAUAUUGCUCUUAAGGAGCAGUUAUCUGUUUAGGAGGGAGAUUGCCUGGGGGAAGAAGCUGCUUCUGUGUCUGGAAGUCCUGGUGUUUGGUGCUCUAAAGCGCCGGCCAGAGGGCAGCAGAUCAAAGAGUUUGUGUGCUGGGUGUGUGGAGUCAAUGAUGAUUUUUCUUGCCCUGUUUUUCACUCUGGAAUCGUACAGGUCCUGAAGUGUGGGCAGAGGAGCACCAAUAAUUUUCUCAGCACUACGAACUGUCCGUUGUAGUCUUCGUAGGUCUGAUUUGGUGGCCGAGCCAUACCAAACAGUAAUUGAAGUGCACAGAACAGAUUCGAUGACCACUGAGUAGAACUGGGUCAGUAGCUCCUGUGGUAGGUUGAACUUCCUCAAUUGACGGAGGAAGUAUAACCUCUGCUGGGCCUUCUUUACAAUGGAGUCUAUGUGGGACUCCCACUUCAGGUCCUGAGAGAUGGUGGAGCCCAGGAACCUGAAUGACUCCACAGUAUCCACAGUGCUGUCCAGGAUGGUGAGGGGAGGAAGUGAUGGAGGGUUCCUUCUGAAAUCCACUAUCAUCUCCACUGUCUUGAAUGCAUUCAGCUCUAGGUUGUUUUGACUACACCAGGCAGCCAGCUGAGCAACCUCCUUUCUGUAGGCAGAUUCCUAAGCUAAACUAAACGCUAACAUAGUGGCGGGGCGCUCGAGCGAUUAAAUGCACGCACUGUGACGGGACAGAUAUGUAUCAACUCGUCUAAGUUGAGAAAAGAACAUAGUGACAUGUAAAAACGGUGGUGUUUUCCUUUAAAACAAACGAAGGAGAUCUGUAAACGGACAUUAAAUGGAUAGUUGACCCAAAAAUGAAUAUUUCAUUAUUUACUCUCACAUUGUUUCAAACUUGUAUGAGGUUUUUCUCUGUAGAGCACAGAAAAUAUUUUGGUAACAUUUUACAAUAAGAGUUCAUGCAUUAGCUAACAUACACUAACAAUGAACAAUACUUUUACGUUUUUGAACUACAGCAUUUAUUCAUAUUAAAAAAUGGUGGGAACAGAAGAGCGAUGGUCCACAUUCACUUGCAUUGGUUUUGUGUCCAUACAAAAAAGUCAAUUCGCACCCACGGUGUUUGGUUACCAACAUUUUUCAAAAUAUCCUCUUUUGUGUAUUGCAGAAGAAAAUUACCAGGUUUAAAAUGACAACAGGCUGAGUAAAUGUUGACAGAAUGUUCAUUUUGAAGGUAAACAACAUUAACAAUGAUUAAUAAAUGCUGAAAACGAUAUUUCUCAUUGAUGUUAACUUCUGCAUGAACUGAUGUUAGCAAAUACAACCCGGUUGCCAAUGAAAGUUGUAAGAGUGGUGCCAUCGUGUUCAUGGAAAUGCAUGUAGCAAAUAAAAUGAAGAAAUUGAGAUGUUAGAAGGUUGAGCCAUAAUGCCAUAAAAUUAUGUCCUCAGACGAUCGAAUUCUCAUCAUUGGUUUGACAAUAACACUUCAGUCCUUGUUGUAUUUUUCCAAUUAAUUGUGUGGUACAUGAUAUGUAUUGGUCUUGUUGUUUUGCAAAUUGUCGACAGUUGCUAAAUGUUUUGAACUGAUGAAAGGUAAAGGAAGCUUCUAUCAGCGCUGCUUAAGUAAAAGAAAAAUCGCUUCAAUCAUAAAAGAUGGCAUUCAGUCUUCUGUUUAAAAAGCCUUAUUUGUAGAAAGUGCUAUUGGUGAUUAUUUGAACCACUUCAGUUAACCAACAUGUAUUUUAUUUCAGCCUACUACUUGGCCAAAUGUAAACAUUUCACGUUAGAAUUACUAUGAAUUAUAAUCAUGACUGAGACGGAAUUGCCAAGGAUUAUAAAAGCUUUCUCAUGUUGUCUAUAACAAUUAUUAGCCCAUUUUAAGCCCUGCCCUCCAUCCCAGCUCAAUUUCUAAACGAAACUGUCUUUUCUUAAUUCAAGCCACGCCCUCUGUUUUUUUCUGUUUUACUUUGAAAUGUUACACUAUUGUCACAAUUUCCAGUUCAUGGGGACUUUAAAACGUCUACGGCUUUUUCAUCUCUACUGGUAUGCAUUUCAAGGACCUCUUUGGAGAUUGCAAAUGGACUUUUAUGAUAUUGUUUAGUUUUCUUUUGUCAGCAGAAAAGCUUUUUAUCAUCUGUGUUGAAGCACAGUUAUAUAACUUUGACAUUUGUAGUUCUAUUUAUAAAAUAAAUGUAACAAUGCUA